AUACAGAUACAAAUACAGAUACCAAGUGCGAUACAGAUACGAUAGCAAUACAGAUAUGAUACAGAUAGGGAUAGUGACACAGAUACCGAUAGCAACACAGAUACAGCUAGCGAUACAAAUACGAUAGGGAUAGGGAUACAAAUAUGAUACAGAUACAGAUAGCAAUACAGAUACCAAGCGCGAUACAGAUACGAUAGUGAUACAGAUAUAUUAUACAGAUAGGGAUACAGACACAGAUAGGGAUACCAAUACAGAUAGAAAUACAGAUACCAAGUGCGAUACAGAUACGAUAGCAAUACAGAUAUGAACCAGAUAGGGAUAGUGACACAGAUACCGAUAGCAACACAGAUACAGCUAGCGAUACAAAUACGAUAGGGAUAGGGAUACAAAUAUGAUACAGAUACAGAUAGCAAUACAGAUACCAAGCGUGAUACAAAUAUGAUGUAGAUAGGGAUACAGAUACCGAUAGCGACACAGAUACCGAUAGGGAUACGGAUAGGGAUACAGAUACCCAUAGCGAUACAGAUAUUGAUAGGGAUACAGAUAGCGAUACAGAUACCCAUAGCGACACAGAUGCCGAUAGCGAUACAGAUAUCGAUAGGGAUACAGAUACCGAUAGCGAUACAGAUACCCAUAGCGAUACAGAUACUAAUAGGGGUACAGAUAUUGAUAGGGGUACAGAUAGCGAUACUGAUACUGAUACCAACAGGGAUACAGAUAGCGAUACCGAUAGCGAUACAGAUACCCAUUGCAAUACAGAUAUCGAUAGGGAUACAGAUUCAGAUAGCGAUGCAGAUACCGAUAGAAAUACAGAUUCCCAUAGCGAUACAGAUACCAAUAGGGAUACAGAUAGCGAUACAGAUACCGAUAGCGAUACCUUUGACUUGAAAUGUGAUGCUUGAAUAAUUCAGUCAGUGUUGGUCAGGUAAACAAGGGACAUGACUCAACAAUAAAACAUUACAAACAUAAACAAUAACACAACUAACCUCAGCAGGGCAGGGGGGAGGGGCUAAGUGGGCCUGAGUGGGCGAGAGAGAGAGAGAGAGAGAGAGAGAGGGAGAGAGAGAGAGAGAGAGAGAGAGAGAGAGGUUUGCACUGAUAGACUAGAAGAUAUCGAUAAUAUUAAUAUUUACAUGAGCACACACACACGCACGCACGCACACGCACGUGCGCGCACACACACACACACGCACACGCACACACACACACACACAAUUCCACCUUUGUGUCAACUUGAAGUGUUUUAUUGCCACAGGUGUCGUGUCUGUUCCAGCCAUGGGAGGGCGCCAUCUUUCUAUGCUAAGCUAACAGCCGCCAUGUCUUAUUUAACGGCCCAAAUAAAAAUCCUGUUCAAGUCAACGCCGUCGUUAUUUCCUGAGGACAAUAAUGCCGCACACCUGUGUCCAAUCAGGCCAGGUGCUCCCGCACACCUGUGUCCAAUCAGGUGAGGCCUUAAAAGGAGUGGUGAGGCAGCAGCUGCUGUGAGGAUGAGGAGCAACAUGAGGUCACGGGUGUUGCUGCUGCUGCUGCUGCUGAAACAUGUCACAGCGUCUGACAGCCGCAGGACGUCUGAGCGUCUUGCAGGUCUCCGAGGUUCCGCUCGGUCUGGACCUCCUGCAGCUCACCUCGGUUCUGGGCGCCCUGCUGGUGUCUUCCAGGACCUGCAGUCUGCUCUGGACGCUGGAGGUCCUCGUCAGUCCUCUGGUGGCCGUGUAGGUGGUUACCGUCCUGCAGGACCUUUGCCCUAUGAGGCUCAAGCAGGAAGUGCCUCUUUAUAUGGUGGUGCAGGAAGUACCCCCUUAUAUGGUCGAGCAGGAAGUUUACCCUAUGAAGGUCGUGCAGGAAGUCUUCCCUAUAAAAGCCAAGCAGAAAGUGCGCCCUUAUAUGGUCGAGCAGGAAGUGCACCCUUAUAUGGUCGAGCAGGAAGUCUUCCUUAUAAAAGCCAAGCAGAAAGUGCACCCUUAUAUGGUCGAGCAGGAAGUCUUCCCUAUAAAAGCCAAGCAGAAAGUGCACCCUUAUAUGGUCGAGCAGGAAGUCUUCCCUAUAAAAGCCAAGCAGAAAGUGCGCCCUUAUAUGGUCAAGCAGGAAGUCUUCCCUAUAAAAGCCAAGCAGAAAGUGCACCCUUAUAUGGUCAAGCAGGAAGUCUUCCCUAUAAAAGCCAAGCAGAAAGUGCACCCUUAUAUGGUCGAGCAGAAAGUGCACCCUUAUAUGGUCGAGCAGAAAGUGCACCCUUAUAUGGUCGAGCAGGAAGUCUUCCCUAUAGAAGCCAAGCAGAAAGUGCGCCCUUAUAUGGUCGAGCAGGCAAUUUACCCUAUGAAAGACAAGCAGGAAGUGCACCCUCAUAUGGUCAAGCAGGAAGUGCUCCCUUAUAUGGUGGAUCAGGAAGUUCUGCCUAUGAAAGACAAGCAGGAAGUGUUCCCUUAUAUGGUCGUGCUGCAGCACAGCUGCCCCCAAAGGCCAGCUUGGCCCCGCAGCAGCACCAGCGAGGACCCAGGUUGGGCGCCGAGUCGUCCCCUCCACGCCAACAGGAAGCGGUGGUGGUUUCCAGCGGCGGGAUCCAGAUGGUCGCCACUGAGCCGGCGCCACCCGGGCACAGAGCCGAGCCGCUGCAGAACUCUGAGCGAGUGCCGCCAGCAGGGUGGCCCUCCAGGUACCGGGCCAGACCACUUGGGGAGUCCACAUCCGCAGAGGCGUGGAAGAGGUCCGGGAAAGUCCGGGGCUCCUGGUUGUCAUAGCGACACCUGCCAGGUGACUUUGGUCUCAAGUCUUCACCUUUUUUUUAAAACUUCAAAUAAAAGAUUCAGAUUAUUCAA